AUGUUCUCAAAACUGAUCUGUGCUCUGCCAUUCCUCAGCCUGACACUAGCCCAAAACAGUGUUGCAAAUAACAACUAUCUCGGAUCUACGCCCUUCGAGCGUCAUUCAGUCAACCAUACCCAGACAUUGUCAAUCAUUGAAGCUGCUGUCGAAGAGUCCCUGAAUCUGUCCAUACCAGUCAACAUCGCAGUGGUUGAUCCCUCUGCUCUGCUCGUGGGGUUCCUGAGAGUCGACAAUGCCUAUCCUGGAUCCAUUGACAUCGCGCAGAAGAAAUCACGGACUGUGGCGUUAUUCAACGGCGCCUUCCCAUCAGCAGGUCUGUACAACAGCUCCCAGCCCGGUGCAGCGCUGUAUGCGAUUGAGCAGACGAACGGUGGGCUCGUUGUGUUCGGGGGCGGCGUCCCGAUCUUUGCCGAUGGCUACUUCAUUGGUGCUGUGGGUGUGAGUGGUGGCACCGUGGACCAAGACAUCCAGAUUGCCACGGCAGGCGUCAAUGCUGUGGGGAGCACCACCUGA